AGGAUCUUUGUCAUGAAACACUCUUACAUCUAACAAUGAGAUGGGGUCUCCUGAAUCUGUCACAUUACUUCAUCUCUCUGCCUGGAGGAAGAGCAGCAUUGACCAGAGUGAACACAGAAGGAGAGACUCCAGUAGAACUUGCUAUUCGGAAUGGUCACAGCACACUGGUUCAUCUAUUGAGCAAUUCCCAGGACAUCCCUCCUCUUGACUUCUUUACAGCCCCAAUCAAUCAGAACUCAUUUCUGCGCUUCUGUCGUACCUCUGGAGUGCUAACAUUAACCAGACGAGAAGCUUCUGGAGAUUCGGUGGAGUCGGAUAUUGGACUCUUUAGGAAAUGCUUGUGUGAUACAAACUUUUUUGAGAAGAUUGUAGGCCCUGUGUACAGUUGGAAUCACAUGAAGCAGGUGCCGGUUAUUGAAACGAAGAGCGAAGGAGUCAGCCCAGAUGAUGCGCUGCGGGAUCAUGUGCAGAAAUGCUGCAGGUCUCUUGGAGAGGUCCUAGAUGCAAAAAGCACUAUUCUUCAUUCAACACUGCCUCCUGGUAUGUGUGAUGUGGACUGA